CCCACCCUGGCUUCUCUAUCGAUCGUCUUUCGUUUCCCCAUCUCAGCUCCACCUGCCUCCCGCUCCGCCAUUGCGUCCCAACGCCUCCUUCAGAUUACACGCGCGUUCUCCACAGGUACCACAGCAGCAACCAUGCCUCCCGUAACCAAGCCCGGCCAUGAAAAGUACGACAUCGUCUUCAUUGGAGGAGGCUCCGGUGGUGUCGCCGGCUCGCGCAGGGCCGCUUCCUAUGGUGCGAAGGUCGCCCUCAUCGAGGCCAGUGAGAGGCUUGGUGGUACUUGCGUGAACGUUGGAUGCGUACCAAAGAAGAUCAUGUGGCAUGCCGCCGACAUCGCCGACAAGAUCCGCCAUGCCGAGGGCUACCAGUUCAAGGGCCCCGGCAUCGGCCAGCCCCAGUUCAACUGGGAGACGUUCAAGCCCCAGCGGGACGCCUACAUCCGCCGCCUGAACGGCAUCUACGACAGCAACGUCGCCAAGGAGGGCGUCGAGCUGCACCACGGCACCGCGCGCCUCACCUCGCGCACCACCGUCCAGGUCACGCGCCCCGACGGGACGACGUACGAGCUCAAGACGGACCGCAUCUGCGUCACGACGGGCGGCCGCCCGACGAUCCCGAGCGACGACGACAUCCCCGGCGCGAGCCUCGGCAUCAACUCGGACGGGUUCUUCGACCUCGAGGCGCAGCCGAAGCGCGUCGCCGUCGUCGGCGCGGGAUACAUCGCCGUCGAGCUCGCGGGCGUGCUGCACACGCUGGGCAGCGAGGUGACGAUGCUCAUCCGCGGGGAGACGGUGCUCCGCAACUUCGAUCCCACCAUCGGGGAGACGCUCACGAACUGGAUGAAGCACACCGGCAUCAACUUCCGCCACGGGUCGAAGGUGAAGAAGGUCGAGGGCGCGAAGGGCCAGACGCUCACCAUCCACCUCGAGGGCGGGGAGAAGCUCGAGGUCGACACGCUGCUCUGGGCGAUCGGCCGGCACGCGAAUACGGAGGGCCUCGGGCUCGAGGAGCUCGGGGUGAAGCUCGACGAGAGGGGCAACGUCGUCGUGGACGAGUACCAGGAGAGCGGGGUGCCUGGAAUUACGGCGAUCGGGGACGUGGCGGGCAAGGCGCUGCUGACGCCCGUCGCGAUCGCUGCUGGGCGUCGUCUGUCGAACCGCCUGUUUGGCCCGGCCAAGUUCAAGGACCAGAAGCUGAGCUAUGAGGACAUCCCUACCGCCGUCUUCUCGCACCCGACGAUCGGGACGGUGGGCCUGACGGAGCCCGAGGCGCGCAAGAAGUACGGCGACGCGAACGUCAAGGUCUACAAGUCCUCCUUCCGCGCGCUCUACUUCUCGAUGGUCGACGAGCACCACAAGGAGCCGACGGUGUACAAGCUGAUCGUCACCGGGCCCGAGGAGCGCGUCGUCGGCAUCCACAUCAUCGGGCUGGGCUCGGACGAGGUCAUCCAGGGCUUCGCCGUCGCGCUCAAGAUGGGCGCGACGAAGGAGGAUCUGGACAACACGGUCGCGAUCCACCCGACGAGCGCUGAGGAACUCGUUACGCUGCGGUGAUGCGCAUCGGUGCAGCUCGCUCUGUGGGGGAGGAACGGCUUAGGCUUCUGGAUCUGCACACGUCAUUCUAACCGUUGUGGAGCACUGGCACUCACGGCGAGGAAACGGAAAGAGAAGCAAAGAUGCGCCGGAAGCUCGCAUCGGUAUGGUCUGGUGUAGUACCCUAGACACUGUAGCAAUAGAGUUGACUGUUCUUUCGAC